UAUUCCGGUCUUUAGAAUGKAUUAAUGGAUAUUCUUAAUCUUGCACAUUAAACCGGUGAUGAUUCGAUUUGAAAUAUAGUGCCCACUCCUCUGCUCGUUUUAGAACAAAGCAAUGAUCUAAAAAUAAAUCAAGUCAUUCCACAUUACCUUUAUCGGCCAAAAGUGCCAAAAUAACAAAAAACUAAUACAAACGAUGAGUGAGUUUCUUGAAAAAAAAGAAGCCGAGGUUUAAUAUGAAAUAGUARAAGACAUCAAUAUCUACGAGCAUUCAACACGACGUUUUGAAUAAUAUUGAAAUUCCUUAUUUCGUGUGAGUUUUUUAGUCGUUCAUUCGUGUUUUGACUCUCGUCUCUGCUGGUGGUGUUAGAUUUCUUUUUGUCUUUAAUUGAAAUUUUUCGUUAGUACUGUAGUUUCCCGCCGGGUGACGUGAAGACAGCUAAUUGAAAAUAAUAACAUCUCAGUUUAUUUUGUGUGAAAACCAACCAGAUGUUUCUCACAGGUGUUUGCUUUGCCAAAACAAGUUGUCAGCCGCAGGAGGAAUAGGCUUGGAACAAUCGGCAUAAAACGUACCUUUAUCUAAAACACUUCCUUUUUUGAAAUCAAGACGACCUGGAAGGAACUAAUGAAUCAUUCAACACAAGCCAACGACAGCCUACCGUCUGAGCAACCAACAAACAUCGAAGACUUUAAUCUAACACUGAAAUUGAUUUCAAUAUCAUUCCUUAUUCUUAUUAUCWUUCUAACACUCGUCGGCAACCUACUCGUCAUAUCGGCUUUCGCGCUGUUCCGUAAACUUCGUAGUGUAACCAACCACUUUAUCGUAUCACUGGCCUUCACUGACCUAYUGGUUGCCUUAUUCUCGAUGCCUGUAUGGGCAGCCUUUCUAUCUACUGGGCCUGAAUGGAUGUUUCCCCAAUGGUUAAGAAGGGCGUGGUCUUGCAUGGAUAUUCUAUGCGGAGUAGCUUCUAUACUUCAUUUAAGCUUUAUAAGUGUCGAGCGAUAUAUAUGYAUAUCAACACCGUUAAAGUACCAUGAGAUUGUGACGUCGUCAAAAACAAGGGUUGCUAUAGCAAUGAUAUGGUUGGUCGCGUGUAUCAUGGCUGUGAUUAAGUUUGUCACGUGGGGAUUUCCACCUCCUGCCUAUCAGUUAUCAGCGUUUAUACUGUGUUUUAUCCUUCCUACGUUGACCAUGAGUACAGCUUACCUUAUGAUAUUCAAGGUAUCCAGGACACAAGCUCGUAAAAUGACUCUAACAGUUAACGGAAAGCCCAAACGAUUUUGUCUUCCAAAAGAAUUAAAAGCAGCUAAAACACUAGCCGUAGUAAUGGGUGCCUUCUUGGUCUGCUGGUUGCCAUUCUUUUUAGUGAAUAUCAUUUACGCUGUGUGCAGAGUUUGUCAAACUAGAAUCAAUAUGGAGCAUAUCAUGUUAACAAAGUGGCUUCAUUACCUGAACUCACUGUUAAACCCAAUUAUCUAUGGCUGCCUUAACAGAGACUUUCGUACCGCCUUCAAAAAACUCUCCAUUUACGUCAUAGCGAAACUUUUAAGACAAUCGUCAUCACUUGAAAUACAAAGCUCAGCGCGCAGUGGUCGAUUGUCAUCACGUGUUCUCACAGAUGUUCACUGACUGGAUAUGAUUGAAACACGCGAUUUGUUCC